CCUUCCCCCCACGUCUAGAAAUAGGCUACUCAGAACUCAGUACUCAACCGAUCAGUGAACUUUUCCCGUACUUCUAUGCAAAUUUUUAUUUAUUUUGGUUAUUGUUUAGCUCCCUCGACUCUCAUCACUGCACACAUUUCACUUCACCGUCGUCCGACCCAACAGACACUUCUUCUUCUUCUUCUCUCUGAAAUGGUAUUGUUAACGGGAAAGGGAUACGGCCAACCAAAAUCGGUGGCGGUUUUCAGAUUGUGAAAAUGGGGAAGACCUCCAAGUGGUUUCGGGGUCUGUUGGGCGGGAGAAAGGCAGAGUCGGCUGCCGAGGCUGGUGUAUCGGAUGGGAAACUGGCCAAGGAGAAGAAGAAAUGGAGUUUCGUCAGAUCGUUCAGGGACAAGGAACGUUCUGCGAUACCAGGGCCAGAGGUGAAUGGAGAUGAAAGGAAGGGAUCUUACAGGGAGGGAGGGUCCUGUUCCUACGUGGACGGUGUUGAUCAUAACAAGCACGCGAUAGCUGUUGCCGCGGCAACUGCUGCGGUGGCUGAGGCUGCAGUGGCAGCAGCUCAGGCGGCUGCCGCGGUUGUGAAAUUGACGAGUAGUGGGCGUUGCGCCACGGCGUAUGUUAGCGUGAACAGUGGGAGGAGAGAUGUAUGGGCGGCUAUUAAGAUUCAAUCUGCUUUUCGAGGAUAUCUGGCAAGAAGGGCUUUGCAGGCCUUAAAGGGUCUGGUGAGACUACAGGCACUUGUGAGGGGCCACAUUGUUCGAAAGGGGAUGGCAGAGCAGCUAAGGUGUUUACAGGCAUUGGCACGAGCCCAGGCCCGGGCCCGGGCAAGUCGCAUUCAUGUUUCAUUAGAAUCACAGCAUCUCAGCAGCAAGCACUCGUUAUACCAUCAUCCUGGCCCUGCAACCCCAGAGAAGUAUGAGCGUUCUACCCGUGCUAACAGUGCUAGACACGAUCGGACUUCCAGUCUCAGGAGGAAUGGCCUGAAGCCAAAUAUCAGUGACAUUAAUUCUGACAAAGCACACGUUUGUCCAAAUUGGUUGGAGAAUUGGAUGAACGAACGAUCAUGGGAUCACCACAAAGAAACCCCAGUAAGAACUGACCCAGCAGAUGAUGAGAAGAGUGAUAAGAUUCUGGAAAUAGAUACUGGGAAGCCACAUCUAUGCUCCAAACGGAGGCACAAUAUCUUUCAAUCAUCCCAGCAGAACUUAGCUUCAGACAGGAACAGUCGGAGCUUUGCAACAUUGGAAUCACCAUCCAAAGACUCCACUACAGCUCAGCUGUCAAUUCCCAGCCCAUCUUCUGGCGAAGUUCAGUCAUCUAGCCCUCUGAAGUUCUACGAGGUUGAUGACAGCGCUAGUAACAGCCCACAGUUUCUCUCAGCAUCAUCGCGGCGUGGCAGCUCGAGGAGAGGGCCCUUCACUCCAACUAAAAGCGACUGUUCACGAAGCAUCUUCAGUGGGUACGGCGACUAUCCCAAUUACAUGGCAAAUACUGAAUCAUCCAGAGCUAAGGUAAGGUCUCAGAGUGCGCCCAAACAGAGGCCCGAGUUUGAGAAGUGUAGCUCGACCAAGAGGUUCUCUAUUUAUGGGUUUGGAGAUAUAAGGUCAACUACUACGCAGAAGGCUUCAGUUCUGCAUGCUAAUUUCGCUAGCAAAGCAUACCCUGGUUCGGGCCGGCUGGAUAGACUUGGGAUGCCAUAUCGUGGGGACACAAUUGGCUAUACUGGGUUAUACGGCAACAGAUAUUAGAUUUGCAUUGCACAUGAUCUUUCAAGCUUUAUGGGGGGUUGGUUUGGUUGUUUUCGUGGUUUUUAUUUUGUUUAUGAUCUUACUGGACAGUGUUGUAUUGUUUGUCUAUAAGGGUUCUUUCAUCUUUGUUCUGCGUUAAACAAUGUGAGCUUUAUUUUUUCCAAA